UCUGAUUAUUAUCAUGACGACAAUAACAGAUAAUACCAUUUAUUCAUUUGAAGAUCUAUCUUCAUUCGAAAUUCCGAAAAGUCAUCUGCUUGGUUCAUGUGAUCAUGUGGGAGACUAUGAGAAAUUGAACAAAAUUGGACAAGGAACAUAUGGAGUUGUUUACAAAGCUAGAAAUAUUCAAACUAAUGAAAUAAUGGCUUUAAAAAGGAUUAAGAUUGAAAAACUUAAAGAUGGAUUCCCCAUUAGUAGUGUUCGUGAGAUAAAUAUUCUGAGAACAGUUCAUCAUCCAAAUAUUGUCGAAUUUAAAGAUGUCGUCGUCGGUAAAUCUUUGGACAACGUAUUUUUAGUCAUGGAAUAUUGUGAACAAGAUUUGGCCACAUUGGUUGACUGCCAAAUUCACUUCACCGAAUCACAAAUCAAAUGUCUGAUGCAACAACUUUUUCGUGGUUUAAAAUAUUUACAUAAAAACUUUAUAAUUCAUCGUGAUUUAAAAGUAUCAAAUUUAUUGUUAACUGACAAAGGAUUAUUAAAAAUCGCUGAUUUUGGUCUUGCACGAAACUAUGGAUUUCCAAACGAUCCAAUGUCACCAUGUGUCGUGACAUUAUGGUAUCGAGCACCGGAAUUAUUGUUUCAAUCGAAUUAUCAUUCUACAGCUAUCGAUAUGUGGGCAACCGGUUGUAUAUUUGGUGAAUUAUUGUUACAGAAACCAUUACUGCCUGGGCAGAGUGAAAUGCAACAGAUAGAUUUGAUAAUUGAUUUGAUAGGCACACCAAAUGACAAAAUUUGGCCAGGAUUUUCUGACUUGCCUAUUGCCAAAACAUUCUCUGUUAAGCAUCAACCAUUCAAUAAUAUAUCACAUCUAUUUUCAUGUGUAUCAAAAGCCGGUAUCCGAUUAUUGAAUUUACUUUUAAUGUACGAUCCAUGGAAACGAGCAACGGCUGAUGAAUGUUUACAAAGCUCUUAUUUUCGUGAAUCUCCUUUGCCUUGUGACCCAAGCGUGAUGCCAUCGUUUCCUCAAAGUCGUAAAAACCGAUAAAUACUUCUAUGUUAUAAUGUGAUAUUUUUAAUUCUCAAAAAUAUUUCUACAGCAUUGUGUUUUCCAAGGAAUAUAGAAUGAUUGACAUACAUAACAUCGAAAACGAUAAAAAGUUACAAAACGUAUUGACAAAAUUGUGAAUUUUCAAAACUUUUUCGCUUCUUCAAGUUCGUU